AUGCCGUUCCACCCGGUGACGGCGGCGUUGAUGUACCGGGGCAUCUACACUGUGCCCAACCUGCUGUCGGAGCAGCGCCCCGUGGACAUCCCUGAGGACGAGCUGGAGGAGAUCCGUGAGGCCUUCAAAGUCUUUGACCGCGACGGCAAUGGCUUCAUCUCCAAGCAGGAGCUGGGCACGGCCAUGCGCUCCCUGGGCUACAUGCCCAACGAGGUGGAGCUGGAGGUUAUUAUCCAGCGGCUGGACAUGGAUGGUGAUGGCCAAGUGGACUUCGAGGAGUUUGUGACCCUCCUGGGACCCAAGCUUUCCACCUCGGGGAUCCCAGAGAAGUUCCAUGGCACUGACUUUGACACCGUCUUCUGGAAGUGUGACAUGCAGAAGCUGACCGUGGACGAGCUGAAGCGGCUGCUCUACGACACCUUCUGUGAGCACCUGUCCAUGAAGGACAUCGAGAACAUCAUCAUGACAGAGGAGGAGAGUCACCUGGGCACAGCGGAGGAGUGCCCCGUGGACGUAGAGACCUGCUCCAACCAGCAGAUCCGCCAGACGUGCGUGCGCAAGAGUCUGAUCUGCGCCUUCGCCAUCGCCUUCAUCAUCAGUGUCAUGCUCAUCGCAGCCAACCAGGUGCUGCGCAGUGGCAUGAAGUAGGCGCCAGUCCACAGGCGGUGCACGGGUCCUCUCCACACCCCUCGCCGCCUGCAGUUCUCUCCCUCGGCCGGGUCCCCGAGUCACCACCGCGGGUACUUCAGGGCCUGGACAUCUGGCACCCCCACCCCACUCGCCCACGGCCCUUGCAUGGAGCUGUGGCCAGGCUGCAGAGGGCCUGGCGGUGGCUAUGCGGAUGACCCCCAGCCCAGCCUGCACCCUGCCCGUGCCCCACCCUGGCCUGUAUGUAGCACUAAUGCUUCCCGCCGUCCAGGGGCUCCUGGGGAGUCAAGGAGGAAUUGGUACAGGGCCCAGGAGCUGCUGUGGUCCCUAAAGCAGGAGGGGGCACCCUGUGCCCCGGGCCACACAGCCCACUUGACCCUGGUCCCUGAGGUUUGCCCAUGGCCAUGGGCAGGGUGGCAGAGGUGGGGCAGAAAGCCUCCUCGCAGAGGGGGUGCAAGGAGGUCUCCUGGGCUCCACUCCCUGGCAUGGCCGGAGGAGGCCUUCUGCUGGUCCCUUCCUCUGACCCUCCUUCAAACCCAGCCCUCCUCCACGCACCCUCUGGGGCCAGAGAAUCAGCCCAUUUUACAGGUGAGGAACCUGAGGCUCAGAGGCCCCCAGAUUUGGCCUCAGUUCCCCCAUCAACAGGGAUUUUCAGAAAGGGCAGAAGCUCAUGGAGGGUGGGGCCUCUAAGCUGGCUCUGCAGCUACCCCACCCUUGGGGGCCUCCCACCAGAGGCCCAGUGACCUGAGGGCCUCAUUGCGACCACCACCCCAGCAUGGAAUCUAGAACUGGAGCGCAGUUGAGGAAGGAAGUAGAGCCGGGCCUGGUGGCUCCUCACUACCUGAGCAGCCUCUGUGAUCUCCCCACCAGCCAGGGGGCUUCUCCAGGGCAGGAGCAUUGGGAGGGCCCCCGGGCCACCCCUGGGCCGAGGGUCCAGCACAGCCCAGUGCUGUCGGUGCCAGGAAGCUCAGCCAGGCCACUCUCCCAAGCCCAGGGCCUAUUUUCCUGGGUCGCCCACUUCUCUACCCCAUCCAGGCCAGAGACCCUGCUCCAGUUGGGCCAUUGCACACUCGGGCACCGGCUCAGCAAGGGCAGACGUGGGGCUGGGACAGCAGACCGAGUCACUGAGCUCCCCUCCGCAGAUCUGGAGCUACAUCUCACCUGGGUGAUGGUCACAGCCCCACUGGCUACCCUCUGCCCGGCUGUGCUGGGUCUCUGCCGGCCCCCAGUGGAGAAGGGCAGCACACACCAGUCACCCUGCAGAGGACCUCGACGCGCUCCGGCCCUGCCCGUCUCUGACCAGGGGCCAGAGCACGGAGCUGAGGGCCCCGGGCAAGGGGGAAGUGCAGCCACACCACCGUGGUGACAGACUUUCUUUAUAAACAUCCAGAAG